AUGGGGCUGCUGGCUGGGGACAACGGGGAUUGUAGUGAAGUCACCAAAAGAGGAACUGCGGUGCCAUCCUGGCUGGCGAGGAUGGGAACCGCAGCCCAGCCAUCGUGGCUGAGCCUGAUGGGAACUGUAGUCCAGCACGUCUGGAAGGCGCCGGGCUGGGCGCGGCUCUGCGGGGGCACCGCGCUGCAUCGCCCCCACCAUCCCGCCGCGAUCCCUUCCUCCCGCCCCGCGCCCGCUCCAGACACACGGAGGCCUCUCCUCACCCGCCGCCACCAGCCGCUAACCCGAGGCCGUUCGUGCCCUCUAAGCGCGGAGACGGAGAACGGAAGCCGGAAGAAAGCGGGGGCGCGGGGCGCCACGGGAGCGCGGCGGACCCGGCGCCGGAACGGAAGUGCUGCCGCUCUGCGCACCUCGGCGGGCCACGGAGACGGGCGACUCCAUAGAUAUAAAAUGCAAGAGCACCACGUUCUCGUAUCCCAAACGUCCGAGUUUGUCCGGGAAGUUGGGGCUUCAGCACAGCUGUGCUUGAGCAGCCGCCUGUCCUUUCCGGGCGUGGAGGACGACCCCUUCUCCGCCCGCCCCAGCAGCGCAGCCCCAGCGGCUCGCUCGGCGGCCUUCUCGCCCCUCUGCGGCGGCGGGCGCCGCUGUUCGGCAGGCCGGCGGGGCCGGGAGCGGCGGCGGCGGCGGCUCCUUCAGCCAGGCGGCCGGGCCGGGCCGGGCCCAUGCGGCGGCGGCGGCGGCGGCGGGCCGGGCGAGAUGAAGCUGAGCACGCAGGCCUACUGCAAGAUGGUGCUGCACGGCGCCAAGUACCCGCACUGUGCCGUCAACGGGCUGCUGGUGGCCGAGCGGCAGCCGCCGCGGGGCCGCGAGCGCGAGCCGGCGCUGCUCGUGGACUGCAUCCCGCUCUUCCACGGCGGCCUGGCGCUGGCGCCCAUGCUGGAGGUGGCGCUCACGCUGAUUGAUUCAUGGUGUAAAGAGAACAGCUACGUAAUAGCUGGAUACUAUCAAGCCAAUGAGCGCAUGAAGGAUGCCAGUCCAAACCAGGUUGCUGAAAAGGUUGCGUCUAGGAUUGCGGAAGGUUUCAACGACCCAGCGCUCAUCAUGGUGGACAAUACUAAAUUUACGAUGGAGUGCAUAGAACCCACAGUCCACGUGUACGAGCAGCACGAAAACAAAUGGCGAUGCAAAGACCCACAUUUUGAUUACUGUGAAGACUGGUCAGAAGCCCAGAGAAUCUCCGCCUCCCUUUUGGAUAGCCGGUCCUACGAAACACUAGUGGAUUUUGAUAAUCACCUGGAUGACAUCCGGAAUGAUUGGACAAACCCAGAGAUUAAUAAAGCCGUCCUACACCUCUGCUAGGGAUAUUCCCACUGACUUGACUUACUGGCAUUUCCACUGUGCUGAUGAAGAAGGGUUAUGGGGGCAGAAAUAAUGUUUGAAUGCAAUUAGCGUACUAACGAUUCCUUCAGGUGGAAAGCCAGUGAGUGAGACACCUCACUGGGAGAAGGGUGCGUUUGCUAUGCAGUCAGAUCUUUUUAAUAAGAAUCUUUGGGGUGUCACCCGUAGUUCACAACUUUCUGUGGACUCCCCUCUUCCGCCUCGUUACGUGUCACUGUAACUCUCCCACCAGGAAAGAGAGCUGCUUGUCCAAACUAUUCCUAUUAAAAAGUUUUGACUAAUCUUUUGUAACCUUCAGAGAAUAAUUUUUAAAAAAAGAUUUAUGAAGUAUCUUUCAGAGAGUUAAUUGCUAGUUUUAUUUUUAAAAAAGCAAAUCUAAACUAUGAGUGAAAAUUAUGUGACCAGUUGGACACCAGCUGUCGUUCUCAGUGCUGACUGCUGGCCGUUGGAUGCCACGGCGCUCGUCGCGGUGACAUCCUCCACAGAAAAAGAAUAAUGGCUUGACAAGCAAUAUAUGCCCAGAUGCUGCCAAGUUUCCUAGUCAUGCUGGGAGUGCUGCGGUUUUUCUGAAUAGCAGACAUAAAACGCCACACCUCAGUUUGCUUUUACUCCGGACGGUUUUGCCCAUUCCAUGAGUCACGGGUUGAAUUUUUGGGAUUCGUUUGGUGAAGGUGCUUCUCUUUCACCCUCUGGUUGAAACAGCCUUCUGGCUGCUUCUGUGCUUAAUGGUUCUUCAGAUCCCUGUCCAUGUGGCCUCAGCCACGGUCGUCAGUUCUGAUACUCUGCGACUGUGGUCAGGCCUAUGAACAGAUGGAAGCUGGAGUCGCUUGUCUAAGCUGCGUUGAAAUUAUCUGGAGUUGUACACAAGCACAGCUGUGGGUCUUACGUGGGUAGUGCUCCUGUUUGUUAACCUCCCAUGGUUCUUUACAAAAUGAGUUUCAAGCCCUUACAGUUGGUACUGAGCCUAUUUUGUCCAUCAGAAUAAGCUUGUAAUAUACUGGUUUAGCAUAACAGUCUUAAAAAUGUUAGUCCUUCUUAAAUGUACAACUUCCACUUUUAUGCUUUUUCUUUUUUAACUUUACCACUUGCCAAAGGUGUGUGGUAUUUUCCUGGUCCUUGUUUUAUGUGCAUUGUUCUCUUUGUCCUUUAUAUUCCUAUGGACCUUAUACCAAUUUAACCUUUAUUUAUAACAUAUUCUACCAUUUAAGCAGUAACCAUUCGAGGUUUUUGUGUCAAAAGAAACAUGUUUAGCUGAGUACCUGUGCUUUCUUGCUUUCUCCAUCACCUUGAAAAUAAAAUGGAUGAAUUCA